AUGCAGAACGACGGCCUACCGCUGUAUUCUUCUGAUUACAAUACCCAAGUGCAGAUUAAAAAGUUUAACCAGAAAAGCGAACCCAUGCUGGUAGCAGCGCAGCCGGCCGUAGAACCAAUGCCACAUGUGCCCGCGAAGCCUUUGCUGGGGCCUGUGAACACAGUGACGACUUGCCAGUUCUGCCACGCCUCCAUCAAGACUGCUGUCAAGUACACCACUACUGCACGCACGCACAUGGCUGCGGCUCUCUGUGGCUUAUUGUGUUGUUUGUGUUGCGUCCCGUACAGCUCUGAUUCAGCGAAGAACACCGAUCAUUACUGCCCCAACUGCGAGCGAUACCUCGGCACAUACGUCAAGUAA